GUGCCCCGCUAAACCAGUUUUGGCACUAACACAAAACACACUUCAAAGAGAGAAGAAGAAACUAAAAAACACAGAAAGGUGUUUUUAGGUCGUCUUAAUGGGACGCCCAUAGCGACUAAUCCGCACAGUAUCCAUGGGUACAGACAAUGUUGCCCUUGGGGGCCGACCUCGACGCCGGCGAGUUUGGGGCCGAAACAGCGGGGAGAAUGUGACCAUGAAGUUUAAAAGUAUGUUGCAGAGAAGUUACUUGCAUGCCAAUACUUCAUUUGCAUCUAGUCGAAAAGGAAGAACUUUCAUUUGCUGCUUGCUGUGUCUCUGAUACAAGCCAAAGGUCACAGUCAAGAUGGAAAUUGAUCCGGAUGAAAAUGAAAGUAUACAUCCAGAGAUGUGCAUGAACGAGCUCCAAACUUUACAAGAGGAGCAUGGCACAGCGGCUGAGGAGGCGCUCAUUAAAAACUUCGAAACACAAGUGGAGCUCUUCAAACAGGAGCGCUUGCGGGCCAUGGAGAUGUGGCCCACAGCACCACAAGAUGAGAACCAACUCCAGGAGCUCUACCACAAGGUUUUCACUGAUGGACACCACCCAGACGCCAUGAUGCAGCAGUUCAAGAAUCAGCUCCUUGAUUUUAUACAGCAGACACGUAGACUCAGAGCGACCAAUCAGGAAAUGCAAUGGGAAGAAGAUGUAGCAGAGCCUCGUCGCCAUGAAGAGACAGAACUUCAACAGCGUCAGUGGAUCUUCAGCCAGCAAGAGGAAAAACCAAGAGCUUGGCCAAAAAGUGCUUCUGAAGAGCAACCUCCAUGGGAGAUACAGAUGGGAACCCUCCAGGCCCAAUGUUCUGCACUGGGGCAGGAGACGUAUGAGGCUUAUAAAGUCCAUGAGAGAAUGCAAGUGGCUGAAGUGCUGUUGCUGCAGAAGCAGGAUGGGGCUAAGACUGUAUUAGUGGAGAAGGCAGACAGUCUGGGAAACAAAGACAAGGCCAUCCAGCAGUUGAUCCAGGAAGCUGCAAUCCGCACCAGGCUGGAGAUAGACAACGUCCGUGAACAGUGCAACAUCGGAAUCCAUGGAAUAGCAGAGGAGCUGUCCCAUUCGCAGAUGAAGUGUGCAGUCAAAGACUCUCACAUUGAGAGGUUGAAGCAUGAGAGAAAAGCUCUACAGAAAGAAUUGGACAAGGCGACUAGAAACCGGGCUGAUGAAGACCUUGAAAGGACAAGUGCUCUUCACCACAGGUGUCUAAAUGCAGAGAGGAUGAAGGACGAUAUGAGCAUCACGCUGAAAAGCAUUCAAAGUAAACUAAAAAAGUUAGAAAUGGACAGCAGUGAGGAGCUGUAUCGCAGCCAGGAGGAAGUGCAGCGCCUGCAGGGAUGUUUGGCAGCAGCCUGGAAGGAUCGCGACUGUAUCAGUGAGGAUCGACUCCAGUUGCAACAGGAGAACUUGCGGCUCCACAGGGAGAUGGAUGAGCUGCACAGAACUACCUUGAUGGUCAGAAACAAGGCCAGACAUCAGAUGUUGCAGAUGGAGCAAGACUGCAAGUUGAAGGAGCAGACCUUCCAAGCCCAGAUGAUGAUGCUGGAGGAGAGCAGCCGUAGCUUGAAUGCUGAUCGCAGACACCUAAUCUCAGCGCAGCAGAAAAGUCUUAAGCAGUCCAAGGAUGAGGUCGCGAACAUGGCAAAGGCUUUUGAAGCCAGGAUUCAACAGCUCACGACAGAGACGCAACAACACAAACAGCGAUUAUACGAGCUUGAGCUCCAGCAGUAUGAGAGUCAGCUAGCAGAGUAUCAGGAGAAGUCGGUUAGCUUGCAGAGACGUUUGACGCAUGCUGAGCAAAGAGCAGCGACUGCAACACAAGAGGUUUCUCACGAGACUGCUUUAUUGGAAAAGCCAUAAAUGUUGUUUUUUUUUAGAUUUGCUUUGUUUCGAAAUCCCAACGAACAAUUUUUGGGACUGCAAAUUGAAGAUGUGAACCCACAUUUUCAUACAGUGCAACGAAGUAGCUGACUAAAGUUGGCGUAAACGAAACUAGCCGUUGCUAGCCCAAGACAUAAGGAGAAGGGUGUUUACAUCCUGUAUUUAUUUAGCUUUUUGGACAUCUUGCGCUUUUGAUUCUGUGUCAGGGUGGAACCAC